AGAUUUAGACUCAUACUUUAGUUUGUAAUACAACAGCUAUUGUCAUUAUGACUACUAUACUUUGUUGAGUACUUUUUGUUAAGUACUAGAGUCAGGCAUUGUGUUAAGUGCUUUAUAAAUCAUAUCCCUAAUCAUCACAAUGCAUAUCUUAGGUAAUGUCAUUGUGCUCAAACCAACUCCCAGAGUAUAAGUAACUAGCUCAAGAUCAUGCAACUAAGAAGUCACUCUGCUAGGAUUGAAACUAUGGCCUGAUUUAUCCCAAAGCACAUGCUGUAUUGCUUCAGCGUGUGUUUAAAUCUCUUCCAGUUUCUGGGUUCCAUUUGUGGGAACAUAAUCUUAUAAAAUGCCUGUGUUUUUGUGAACUAUGCAGAACUAUUUCAAUCCUCCUUUUAGGACUGUUAUUCUCCUUUCAUCACCUUAUAAUUUAUACAACAUUUUCAAUAUCCGUGUACUAAUCUUUAUGAAAAUAUUUAUAAAUUACGAGUAAGCCUCUUCUGAGUUAUUUACAUGAAUAGGAAUGUGAAUAUACUCUUUACUAUGGAGCAGAAAUGUAUUAAAGUCUAGUUUUCUCUCUAUUGCAGGAUUCUUUGCUGCUUCAAAGUUCCUAUCUUCUUCUCAGGCAAGGAAUCAAAAAAGUUUAUUGGAAGUCUCUUAUGUGCAAAGCAAUGUGCUUGGUAUUGUGAGAUGACAAGAGAAGGCUUCCUCCAUUUGCCUAAGAUCUGUCCAUCCUUGAAGAGCCAACCUUUCCUGUCUACUCUGUUUGCAUACCUUGGACAGAGCCUAGAAGUCCACCUAGCCAUGUAAUGGAGUCCACCUACUUGACUUUCUAAUCAGUCAGACCACAAGAUGCUGUGAGCUAACCAUUUUGUUAGCAGUGAAGUGUUUGCAGCAUUGUUUAAAACCUGAGAGAUGCUAUUAAGGGAGAAAUGUUGCUGAAGUGCUGCUGAAAGGGCCAGAGAUGCAAGGAUUUGGGACACAUUUUGAACCUUUAAGCUGUCUGACAUUGACCUCCUUUCAUAAUUAAUGAAGAAGCAGGAGCUUAGGAUAUAUUAACACCAACUCAUUGAUAUACUAACCAGACAAUGUUCUGCAAAUAAUUCUACAUUGUAAAGAACUGGAUUGGGACAAAAUAAAAUAAUUUCAUAUUUUACUCAGUUUAUAAUAUGACUCAAUGGAGGAAAAUUUGAUAAGCAUGAGGGAAGACCAUUCUUUUCAUGUUCGUUACAGAAUGGAAGCUUCUUGCCUAGAACUAGCCUUGGAAGGGGAACGUCUUUGUAAAUCAGGAGACUGCCGUGCUGGCGUGUCAUUCUUUGAAGCUGCAGUUCAAGUUGGAACUGAAGACCUAAAAACACUUAGCGCUAUUUACAGCCAGCUGGGCAAUGCUUAUUUCUAUUUGCAUGAUUAUGCCAAAGCAUUAGAAUACCAUCAUCAUGAUUUAACUCUUGCAAGGACUAUAGGAGACCAGUUGGGGGAAGCCAAAGCUAGUGGUAAUUUGGGAAAUACCUUAAAAGUUCUUGGGAAUUUCGAUGAAGCUGUGGUUUGUUGUCAGCAACACCUGGAUAUUUCCAGAGAGCUCAAUGACAAGGUGGGAGAAGCAAGAGCACUCUACAAUCUUGGAAAUGUGUAUCAUGCCAAAGGGAAAAGCUUUGGCUACCCUGGUCCUCAGGACACAGGAGAAUUGCCAGAAGAAGUGAGAGACGCUCUGCAGGCGGCCGUGGAUUAUUAUGAGGAAAACCUAUCAUUAGUGACUGCUUUGGGUGACCGAGCAGCCCAAGGACGUGCCUUUGGAAAUCUUGGAAAUACACAUUACCUCCUUGGCAACUUCAGAGAUGCGGUUAUAGCUCAUGAGCAGCGUCUCCUUAUUGCAAAAGAAUUUGGAGAUAAAGCGGCUGAAAGAAGAGCAUAUAGCAACCUUGGAAAUGCAUAUAUAUUUCUUGGUGAAUUUGAAACUGCCUCUGAGUAUUACAAGAAGACACUACUUUUGGCUCGACAGCUUAAAGACAGAGCUGUAGAAGCACAGUCUUGUUACAGUCUCGGAAACACAUACACUUUACUUCAGGACUAUGAAAAGGCCAUUGAUUAUCAUUUGAAGCACUUAGCAAUUGCUCAAGAGUUAAAUGAUAGAAUUGGUGAAGGACGAGCCUGCUGGAGCUUAGGAAAUGCGUACACAGCGCUAGGAAAUCAUGAUCAAGCAAUGCACUUUGCCGAAAAGCACUUGGAAAUUUCAAGAGAGGUUGGGGAUAGAAGUGGUGAACUAACAGCACGUCUGAAUCUUUCCGAUCUUCAAAUGGUUCUUGGUCUGAGCUACAGCACAAAUAGUUCCAUAAUGUCUGAAAAUAUUGAAAUUGAUAACAGUUUGCAUGGUGCACGCCCCAAGUUGGGACGCCGACGUAGUAUGGAAAACAUGGAACUUAUGAAGUUAACACCAGAAAAGGUACAGAACUGGAACAGUGAAAUUCUUGCUAAACAAAAACCUCUUAUUGCCAAACCUUCUGCAAAGCUACUGUUUGUUAACAGACUGAAGGGAAAAAAAUAUAAGACUAAUUCUUCCACGAAAGUUCUUCAAGAUGCCAGUAAUUCCAUAGACCACCGAAUUCCCAAUUCUCAGAGGAAAAUCAGUGCAGAUACUAUUGGAGAUGAAGCGUUCUUUGACUUAUUAAGCCAAUUUCAAAGCAAUAGAAUGGAUGAUCAAAGGUGUUGCUUUCAAGAAAAGAACUAUCGAACAGCUUCGACAACAACUUCUUCCACUCCCCACAAAAUGAUGCUAAAAACACCAUCUGUUUCUGUAAUGUCCCCCAACACAGAUGAAUUUUUGGAUCUUCUUGCCAGCUCACAGAGCCGCCGUCUGGAUGACCAGAGGGCCAGUUUCAGUAAUUUGCCAGGGCUUCAUCUGAAGCAAAACAAUAAGCAGUCCGUGCUGGACCACCUGAUAACUAAUGACAAUAAAGAGCCUGAUGAAGACUUCUUUGACAUCCUUGUAAAAUGUCAAGGGUCCAGAUUAGAUGAUCAAAGAUGUGCUCCACCACCUGCUGCCACAAAGGGCCCCACAGUACCAGAUGAAGACUUCUUCAGCCUUAUUCUACGGUCUCAGGCAAAAAGAAUGGAUGAACAGAGAGUUCUUUUACAAAGAGAUCAAGACACAGACGCUGAAUUUGGGCUAAAGGACCUUUUGCAAAGCAAUGCUUUGUUGGAAUUUAAAACUUCAGAACAAAAAUCAGCAAACCACUAGUUACUAUGGAUUUUUUUUUUUUUUAAAGCAAUCUUAUUUUGUUUCAGAACACUGCAGGGAAAUUUAAUCUAUUACUGUUUUUUCUUGAAAGGAGAAUUUAUAGCACUGUAACAGCUUAGUGUUUUUAGAGUGGUGUAAAUAUUUUAACCUUCCAUAGUGCAGUAUUAGGGAGUUAACAUUCCUCUGGACACACCCUUAUUUCAGGGUCCAGGUCUCUUGUAAGGUGCUGCAUCAACUUUUGUAAUUACUUCUUGGGACUGUGUUCUUUGGCAGCUCAUUAGAUUCUUUUAUCUAGUGUUUGUUAAAUGAAUCCUAGACUAGAAUUUAAUCCUCUUUAGAUUUUUUUUUUUUUAAUCUUAGUAAUUGACAGUGGCUUUUUUUUUUUUUUUAACUUAA